AUGGUCAAAAAAUUCACCUCGAGGCAGAUCGAGGGUCUCAUAUCCGAGGGAAAAGUGAUUGUCAUAUAUGAAAAUAGCGUUUUAAAUCUCACGUCUUGGCUCAAGUAUCACCCCGGUGGUGACAAGGCUGUGUACCACAUGGUUGGAAGAGAUGCAACGGAUGAAAUGCUCGCCUACCACAGCGAGGAAUCUAUCGCUACUUUCAGCAAAUGGAAAAUAGGUGAGAUCGACACAAUGUGGAAAAAUUUGUUGCCUCCCAUCCAGGGUGCGGUCUAUCCUUCUAAUACGAAACGCGCAAAGACAUCCGACUCUCUUGGUGAGAAGUUAGAUUCAGGCUCUCCAAUAACUUCUGACGAUGCUUCCUCAGAGACUUCAGUAGAACUUGAAGAUUUAGAAGUCAAUCCCAAAUUGCAUCAGGCGGGAUCGCCCCUGGGCCCGGUGAAGCCAGUCGUCCCACAAAACAUUGAAUACGUAAACUCAAGCAAUAAGGAGCAACUUUAUCCAAUUACAGGUACUGGAGCGAUUGUUGAUCCCAAAGAACUCAUGCGCCAAUUUGACAACGGGCUUGUUCGAGAGGAGUUGCUGAGACUUCCCGAUCUAGAUUACGGUACACAAAAUCAAAUCAGAGAAAAGUAUGAGAAGCUCCAUGCCACUGUCAUCAAGAAUGGGUUUUACAAGUGCCACUACUCAAACUAUGUGAGAGAAGUGGUGAAGAUUGCCUCUUUGUUCUUAUACUCAUUCUCGUUUUUGCAUCUUGGGUAUUACUUUCUCAGUGCUCUAUUCAUGGGCACAGCUUGGCACCAAAUGACUUUCAUUGCCCAUGAUGCCGGACACGUUUCGAUUUCCCACAAUUAUCAGAUUGACAAUCUUUUUGGUAUGAUAAUUGCUGAUUGGUUUGGGGGCUUGAGCUUGGGCUGGUGGAAGAGGAACCACAAUGUUCACCAUCUCAUCACGAAUGAUCCUGUCCAUGAUCCAGAUAUCCAGCAUUUGCCAUUUUUUGCUGUAAGCACUCGUUUGUUUGGUGAUGUGUACUCUACGUACUAUGACAAAGUACUUUGGCUCGACGCUUUUGCCAAGAAAGUUAUUCCUUUUCAAGAAUACUUGUACUACCCCAUUCUCACCUUUGGUCGUUUCAACUUGUACAGAUUAUCUUGGACGCACCUUCUUCUUGGACAGGGUCCGAGACAUGGAAAAGCAGCAUGGUUCAGUGUUGAAGGAGGCUGGAACAAAUUCAUGUUUGUGAUGAUAAGCCAUAUGGCCACCAUGCUUGUCCAUGUUCAGAUCACUCUCUCCCAUUUUGCAAUGUCCACUGCGGACUUGGGAGUCAGCGAGAGUUUUGCCUCGAGACAGCUCCGGACAACAAUGGACGUCGACUGUCCCGGCUGGCUUGACUUUCUCCAUGGAGGCUUGCAGUUCCAGGCCAUCCAUCAUUUAUUUCCUAGACUCCCGAGGCAUAACUUGAGACGUGUGCAGCCUUUUGUGAUUGAAUUCUGCGAAGACGUGGGUCUUCCAUAUUCUAUCUACGGUUUCGGAAAGGGAAAUGAGGUUGUCAUUGGGAAGUUGUCAGAGAUUGGAAAGCAGUGCUCGAUCAUGUUGGAGUGCACGAGAAAAAUGAAAGAUGACCAACAUCCGUUCACAUAG